UCCUCGUAAUAUUAUACUUCCUAUAUGAUGUAACACGACGAUUAAAUUUUUAUUGUCUGAUGAUUUUAAAAUAUAACGUUAUUUUUAAGGAAUUUUAGAAAAAAUAUUUUAACUGAUGUCUUCAAUAUCUGCUAAUAGUAUACACGCGAAAUUCGCUUCGGACGAGGAUUAUGAACCUAACAAUAAAAAUGAAAAAAGUUCUAACUCAUCUCAAAAUACCCUCAACAUUCAAAAUGUUAAAUUGGGAACAAGUAAAUCUUCCAUAGAAUCACUAGAACACAUCCCAAUUUCAAUAUCUAGUACGCACAACGGAAAAUAUCAGGAUUACCAAAUUCCUGUAUCUCCAACUCUUUCUUGCACUACUGUGUCAAGUAUGAUCGAUGAAUUGAGAACGGAAUCUUCAUUCCCGGAUAUAAUUGAUUCUACUCACAAAUUAUUCGAUCCAAACUGUGAUCCCGAAAACCCGAUCGAAGUCAAAUUUGAUGAAGUUCUCUCAGCCAGAUCUAUAAUACAAGAGUCCAUAGAUAAAACGCCUUGCAAGAAAUCAAGGCUUUCUUCAAUGUGCAAUAUGGAAAUCUGGUUUAAAAAGGACUACUUACAAUACACAGGAAGCUUCAAGGAACGAGGUGCUAGUCAUGCACUUCUCAAACUAUUAGCCAAUAGGGAAAAACACAUAAAUUCUCAAGAUAUAAUUAACCCAAAAUACCCCAUUGAUUUUGAGGGCGUGAUAGCUGCCUCUGCCGGCAACCACGCCUUAGCCUUGGCGUAUCACGGACAAUUGAACAAUAUACCCGUGACAGUGGUUAUGCCAAAAUACGCGCCCAUUAUGAAAAUAAAUUCUUGCAAGCAAUUCAAUGCACAGGUUAUUGUCAGGGGUAAUGAUUUGACCGAGUCCAAACAAUACGCCAUGUAUUUAGCAAAAAUUCGUAACCUGGUUUACAUUAACGGAUAUGAUCAUCGUGAUAUAAUAGCGGGGCAAGGAACCACGGGGAUCGAAAUUUGCGAGCAAAUGGGUCAAUUCGACGCGAUAAUCAUUCCAGUGGGGGGUGGGGGUUUGAUAGCCGGGGUUGCAGUAGCUAUCAAACAAUUGAGGCCAAAUGCUAUGAUUAUUGGUGCUGAAGCAGUUAGAUGUCCCAGUUUUACUAAUGCGUUAAAAGCUGGAAAACCCACUCACACUCCUUCGUAUUCAUCUUUGGCAGAUGGAUUAGCUGUACCAGUUGUAGGAGUGAACGCUUUUGAAACGGCAAAAAAUAUAAUAGAUAAAGUUGUAACCGUUAAUGAAGAACACAUUGCGUUAGCAAUUUUGCGAUUGUUAGAGAUGGAAAAAGCAGUGGUGGAAGGAGCUGGAGCCUGCGGAUUCGCUGCUGUUCUAGCUAACUUAGUACCAGAAUUGAUCGGAAAAAGAGUUGUCAUCUUGCUGUGUGGCGGAAAUAUAGACACAUCUAUUUUGGGUAGAUGCAUGGAUAGGGGUUUGGCGGCUGAUGGACGUUUGGUAAGGUUUAAGGUAACCCUUUUGGACAGGCCCGGUGGAAUAGCACAACUUACCAAUUACCUAUUUACUGUGGGAGUCAGCCUCAAAGACAUUUUUCACGAAAGAGCAUGGGUGAAGAACGAUAUAUUUAGUGUGGACGUAAAAUGCGUAGUAGAAACCAAGGAUUGGGAACACACAUUUUUAUUGAAAGAUGGCUUAAAACAGAGAUAUCCUAAUGCUAGAUUCGAAGACUUGGAAGAUAAAAUGAUGAUUUCGAGACCUUCCUUACAUUAAGAAAAAAAUUUGUUUAAAACAAGAGUCCAUGUCAUGAAUAUUAUUUUUGUAUAAUAUGAUUGCCAAUAUAGAAAAUUUUAUAACUUAAUUCUGAGGACAUUUUUUAAGGUUGAUUAUAAAUUAAUGGUUAGAAUUCGUUAAUAUAUUUUUGAAAAUAAUUUUUAUGUUUUAAAUUUAUAAUUUAUUUUGUGAAUUAUUUUGAUAAUCUACUCAUAUCAAAUUAUAAAAUGUUAACAAUCCUUUUGUAAUAAUUAAAUUAUAGUAUUACACACCC